GUUGGGUUCUUUGUUUCUAUUUCGCUCAAAGUUUGUGUGAUCUGCCUCCCUCAGCGGUGAUGUGAGCCGAGUUAUAAUCUGCGGAUAUGAAAGGCCUGGCGCGGUGGUUGAAGACCACCAGCGUUGUUUUCUGUUUUCUCUUCAGUGUCGUCUGGUCCAAUGUCAUUACUGGGGAAGUUGAGGAUUCGAACGCAGUUGGUGACUUUCAAGUGCCAAGAGUACAUUUGCAUCACCUGGGUAGCUGUCGUCGUCAGUUGACAUUCCUAGCUUCCUUAGCUCUGGGUGCUUUCAUCACUCGGGUUAUCAAAGAGUCGCCCAUGACACCUCUACCAAUGCCACCUUUACCGAAUUCCCUGCACUGGAACCUGGUCAGGGUGCCUGCCCAUUUGGCAGGACAUGUCGCGCAGUGGGUAGAAAAACAUCCAGCUGGACGGCCUGUCAUUCUCAAUCAGGGCUUCGCUGGUCUAGCCCGUUCCUCGUCUGAUGAUCCUUGGACAAACAAUCUCCUUCGCAUUCGAAAAGAUCUGACUAAGCAAUUAAGAAAUUCGCCAAAUUUAAUCCUGAGUGCUGUUGAACGGACUCUGAAACCUCUCAAAUUGAUUCCUCAUGCCAUAGGAAUGCACCAUUGGCUUCUUCGAUUGUGCCCCUGAAGAAAAAAAUAAAAAAUGAG